AUGGGUAGCGAUCCCGAGCAAGAUCCUGUAAGGGUCCAACAAACCCAUCACUCCAAGGAGGCCGACGAGGCUGGGAGAACCAGCGCAGCCUAUUCGGAGCAUGCCAAGGACGAGCAGACUCUCAAGGCCAGGAAAGCCGCUGAGAGAGAGCAUGACCUGAGCUGGAGAGAGUCUCUUAGGCUCUAUCCUAAAGCAAUUGCUUUCUCCCUAUUAUUUUCAUCGGCUAUCAUCAUGGAAGGUUACGAUCUUGCUCUGAUUGGUGGUUUUUAUGGUUAUACAGCAUUCCAGAACAAGUUCGGCGACCAACCCGGCGACGGCGGUGUCGGCAAGGUCAUUUCCGCAGACUGGCAGACCUAUAUCCAGAACAGUGGAAUGUGCGGCCAAAUUGUCGGUCUCUACAUCAACGGCUACGUCACGGAUCAUUUUGGCUUCAAGAAGACCAUGUUGGGUUCCCAAGUCCUGAUGAUGGCUCUCAUAUUUAUUCUGUUCUUCGCCCAAAACAUCCAGACAAUCCUGGCAGGCAACACCCUGUUGGGUAUCCCGUGGGGCAUCUUCCAGACUUUGUCCAUCAAUUAUGCCUCUGAUGUAGCCCCUGUCAUUCUGCGGCCGUAUCUUACCACAUAUGUGAAAAUGUGCUGGGUGUUCGGACAGCUGAUCAGCGCUGGCGUGCUUCGUGGCUUCCUACAUUACCAAGGAGAUAUGUCUUGGCGUAUCCCUUAUGCGAUCCAAUGGGUCUGGCCUCCUCUGAUCAUGCUCGGAACUCUAUUCGCUCCAGAGUCUCCUUGGUGGCUGGUCCGUAGAGGUCGACUUGAGGACGCCAAAAAGAGCGUUCUCAGCUUAAGCUCCUCCAAGGCCGGGGUUGACUUUGACCCCGAGGACUCCGUGGCCCUCAUGAAGGCAACUGACGACCUCGAAAAGGAACUUUCCACCAGCACCAGCUAUUGGCAGUGCUUCAGAGGGGUUGAUCUGCGCCGCACUGAGAUUGCCGCUGUCUCGUAUUUAGCCCAGGCUUGGUGUGGUACCUCCUUGAUGGGCUACUCGGUGCAAUUCUACGAGCGUGCUGGUCUGUCUGAUGAUCACGCCUUUGAUCUGAACAUCGGUCAGUCCGCUAUGGGCAUCUUGGGUGUACUAAUGUCUUGGGUUCUUUUGGGUAAAUUCGGUCGCCGCACCAUUUAUAUGUCAGGCAUUUUCCUCUUGCUGCUUAUUCUAGUCACCGUCGGUGGCCUAGGAUUUGCCGACCCCGACAAUGCUGGCCCGUCCUGGGCGAUCGGCACCCUUCUUUUGGUAUAUACUUUUGUAUACGACGGCAUGGUAGGACCUCUCUGCUAUGCUAUUGUCGCCGAGGUGCCAUCAACUCGUCUCAAGGUGAAGACAGUUGUUUUGGCAAGGAACAUAUCCAACAUUGCUGGUUUUGUCAACAACACACUCAUGCCCCGUAUGCUGGGUGUCAACUCCUGGAACUGGGGUGCAAAGACGGGUCUCUUCUGGGCCGGAUUCUGUUUGGUCAUUCUGAUCUGGGCAUAUUUCCGCUUACCAGAAACCAAAGAUCGCACUUAUGGCGAGCUUGAUAUCUUAUUUCACAACGGUGCCAGCGCCCGCAAAUUCUCAAAGGCCCGUGUCGAUCAAUUCGCUAGCAAUGGCGAUGCACAGAUCAAGCAUGAAGGCGACUAA